AUGCGAUCACUCAUUCUCCUUGCGACAGCGAUUGCUGCUGCCUUCGCCGGCCCUUUAUUGGUACCUGAUGAACCCAUUUCCGGUUCAGUCGAUGCCUUGACGGCGAGGCAAACGGGCAGUCCACCCAGCAGCUUCAGGUGGAGCUCGAGUGGAGUGCUCAUCGGCCCAAAGAGCGAUAGCCGCAACAUCGCAGGAAUCAAAGACCCUUCUAUCGUCUACUACAACGGCCAAUAUCACGUCUUUGCCAGCACCGCUCAGUCUUCAGGCUAUAAUCUAGUCUACCUGAGCUUCACGGACUUCUCUCAAGCAGACUCUGCCACUUUCAACUACCUCGACCAGACCCCGAUUAGCUCUGGAUACCGCGCUGCUCCCCAGGUCUUUUGCUUUGAACCGCAGGGCCUCUGGUACAACCCUUCCGGGUGGAGCUCCCCGAAGCACUUCUACAGCGGCACCCCCAGCACCGUCUCCGCCAACAUCGGCAGCGGCUACUGGGUCGACAUGUGGGUGAUCUGCGACGCCUCCAACUGCCACCUCUUCAGCAGCGACGACAAUGGCCACCUGUACCGCUCGCAGACCUCCCUCAGCAGCUUCCCCAACGGCAUGAACGAGCCCGUCGUCGCUCUGUCCGACUCCAAGAACGCCCUUUUCGAGGCAUCGAACGUGUACAGCGUCGGCGGCGCCACGUAUCUCCUCGUCGUCGAAGCCAUCAGCAGCGACGGGAAGCGCUACUUCCGCUUGUGGACGGCGGGUAGUCUCGCCGGCCCGUGGACUAGGCUUGCGAACACCGAGGCGAAUCCGUUUGCGAGGGCUGAUAAUGUUGCUUUUUCGGGGACGGCGUGGACGCAGAGCAUUAGGCAUGGAAAGAUGGUGAGGACGGACGCGAAUCAGACGAUGGCUACUAGUCCGUGCAAUCUGAGGUAUUUGUAUCAGGGGGUCAGUCCGAGUGCGAGUGGGAACUAUAAUUCGCUGCCGUGGAGAGUGGGUUUGCUUACGCGGACGAAAUCGGCGUGCUGA